GGAGUGUCUUAUUUUGUCCUAUUUGCAGAUACGUUCAACAGGAUCGGUCUUAAAAUCCCAGUUUCUAUUAUUUAUUUUGAGCACAUAGUCAACACACACUGAGCAAUGGCUUCCUCCAGCAUUCUACUGUGCGAAGAGCAGUUCCAGUGCUCCAUUUGUCUGGAUGUCUUUAUCCAACCCGUGUCCAUACCAUGUGGACACAACUUCUGCAUGGCCUGUAUCAGUGAUUAUUGGGAAGGCUGUGAGCAGUGCCAGUGUCCACUAUGCAAUAGGACUUUUGAUAGUGAACCGGACCUCAGUGUCAACACUUUCAUUGCGGAAAUGGCCGCCAUUGUGAAGCAGUCUGCUCCUGCUGCAGUUGCAGCAAGCCUUCCUGAUCAACAACACUACGCAGAACCUGGAGGAGUGGCCUGUGAUGUCUGUACUGGAAGGAAGCUCAAGGCCUUUAAGUCCUGCCUGGUGUGUCUGGCGUCAUACUGUGAGACUCACCUGGAACCUCACCAGAGAGUGGCUUCGUUUAUGAAGCACAAGCUGAUAGAGCCUGUUGCAAACCUUGAGGACAUGGUGUGUAAAACACACGAAAGACCCCUGGAGUUCUUCUGUAGGACUGACAGGGAGUAUGUGUGUCACUUCUGCACAGAGAUGAACCACAAGGCCCACAAUGCCGUGCUCAUCGAGGAAGAAUGUGGCCUGAGGAAGGUGUGGCUUGGGAAUACUAAGUCUAAAGUUCAGAAAGAGAUCAGUGAUCGACUUCAGAAGAUAAAAGAGAUUGAGAGUGCCCUAGGACUGAGUAAAAGAAAUGCAGAGAAAGAGGUGGAGGAAAGUAUUGAGGUCUUCACUUCCCUUGUGCGCUACAUUGAGAGAUGCCAGUCUGCACUUGUUGAGAAGGUUUUGAAGAAACAGGAGGCAAAGGAGAAAUGGACAGAGGGGCUCAUCAAAGAGCUUGAGCUCGAGAUCAUCAAUCUUAAAAAAAGAAGAGUUGAGUUGGAUCAGUUCUCAUGCAAUGAGGACCCUUUUAACCUCCUCCAAAAAUUCCAGUCUCUUGGCAACUCUCCACCCAUUAAAUCCUGGUCUGAUGUCAAGGUAUACAAUCAGCUCCCAGUGGGGACACUUAGGAAGUUCAUGUCUCAGCUGGUGGAGACACUUGGUGAGGAACUCAAGACGUUGUGUGGAGCUGAGCUGAAAGCCAUGCAAAGGUAUGCAGUGGGUGUGACUCUGGUGCCCGAUGCAGCAAACCCCAAGCCUGUUGUGUUUUAUGAUAGGAAACAAAUGAAACGGAACACUUUUGAUUGGUUGAACGACGAACACGGAUUUGAUUCAAUGUCUUCUGUUCUGGGAAAGGAAGGGUACAGUUCAGGAAGGUUUUACUUUGAAGUGCAAGUUGAGAGAAAGUCGGAGUGGUCAGUGGGAGUUGUCAGCGAGUCCAUCAACAGGAAAGGAAACAUAAAGCUGAAUCCAGUAAAUGGAUGUUGGACUGUGGGGUUAAUAAAGCAGAAUGAGUAUGUAGCUAACAUUGGAAACUGUAUUCAUCUUGCUCUGAGACAGAAGCCCAAAAAGGUGGGCGUGUAUGUGGAUUAUGAGGAGGGAGAAGUCUCAUUUUACGAUGUGAAGGAGAAGUCUCUCAUGUACUCAUUCACUAGCUGUACUUUCACAGAGAGAAUCUUCCCCUUUCUCAGGUCAUGAUGACGGAAAGAACCAUUGUCCGUCUGCUGAAUACAGAGAGAUGUCUGCCUGUAUCCUAGCAACGUUUCUCUAUGUCAUUAACUUUGUUCUCUACUUUUCUAAACUUUUUUGAAAGUCAAUUUGGAUUCACCUGGAUCUGUGCAGUGUAAUAUUUGUCAUGACUACUGUAUAUUCUCUAAAGCGGUUUAUAAACUUAAAUAGAAAUGUGCUCGCUUUUUUAAUAAACAUUAGAAAUGGAUGACGAGGAUUAUAAAUUAUAUUGGUAUUUUAAUUUGCAAUAAAUUCA